CGCAUAGCAACACUGUCUAUAGCCUAAUUAAUCUCGUUUACGUUUGCUUUUAAGUUUGCGUAUAGUUUUUGUACACUAACCUAUUUAUGAACGUGUAAAUGCCUUUUCUACAGAUGUUCGCAAGUCCGACUUUUUCACAUAUCCGCCUAUACCCCAGUCCAGGCAGGGGUGGUGGAUAUGCGACGUUGUAAUGUACGAACAAUGCAAUAUCUACCUCAAAACAAUUUCGUUUUUGUUGUUGGUUUAGUUACAAAAAAGUUACACACAGUCUUCUUAGUUCAACUAAUAUGGAUCAGUACACAAUUAUCUUAUUUCCUAAAAAAUGUAAUACGGUAUAAUCAAAUUGUGAAGGUAUCUUUAGCAGAAAACAAUUCCAAUUAGGUAUACGGUUGUAAACCAAAGGGUUAAAAAAAGUGUUCUGUUGUGAAAAGGGAGUCGUGAUGUAAUUUCCUGCGGUGUUUAUGGGGGUUGGCUGUGUGUGUAACCUGACCCCGUAUCUCAUCCUUUUAGGGAAUAGAGAAUAUGAAUCUGCUGAAUGAAUACAAGUCAAAAGAGCUGCGGUACCUUCCCCUCAACUUUACACACUGGCGCUAGGGAGAGAGCGAGACCUGAUGCACAGGAACCAGGGAGCAGGGAUGUAAUUACGGGAAGGUGUUGAUGAGAAUAUCUCGUAGAGGAAAUAUUAGAAGGGCUGUAGAGCCAGAAGAAGGUACUGAAGGGAUGGCGGAUAUGUUGGAGACUGGUGGCUCUGUGGACUGGCAAAAGCGAUGUGUAGCCCUGGAGACUCAGCUGCUGAAGUUCCGACUGCAGGCUAGCAAGAUCAGGGAGCUGCUGGCAGAGAGGAUGCAGGAGUUGGAGCUGAGAGUCACUGAGGCAGACCAGCGUGCAGAGAAGGCUGAGAAACAGGUUCAUGUAAUGGAAGACAAACUGAAGUCGGCGAACGUGCAGCCCAGUGAAUCGGAGAACUCCUUGUUCAGGCGGUACCAAGAGCUGUCCAGUCAGGCACAAGAAAAGGAGGAGAUGAUUCAGAGGCUGGAGAUGCAGUUGGAAAAGCAGAACCAUCUGAGAGCACAGGAAGCAAAAAUCAUUGAAGAAAAAGCAGCAAAAAUAAAGGAAUGGGUGACCUUAAAACUACGAGAGCUUGAAAUUGAAAACCACCAGCUAAAGCUUUCCAACUUGAAGCAGUCUGAACAGAUCCAGGUUCUGCAGGACAAAAUUAAAGUGCUGCUGGAAGGUGACAAUCCACAUGACAAUCCAGCUGGGGUCACAGUCCUCUCCAGUCUGGUCUACUCACCUGGCAGCCCCACAGCUGUUGAGGAGGGCAGGUGGCAGCAUUCAUCACAUUUUUUGCCAUCACCAACUUUAAACAUCCAAGAUUUGAAGAAAAAGGGGGCAGAAGUGUGUGACUCUCGACAGAGCUGCCCUACUUCACCUCUCGUCCCGGAGGGCUCUUCAACCCAUGAAAACCAUGACCCCCUCUCUAAGUCUCCAUGUUCUGUGAGAAAGCAGACCAACCCAGCUGCCAUGGUCACAGCAGAAAAUGAAGUUCUGAUCAAGGCCAGAGAUGUCCAAGCAUCAAGCCCUGGAUUACCGAAGUCUGGUUCUUGCAGCCCUCGGGCCUCCCUUGAGUUAGUCGCAAAGGGUUUUGGACCAGAGUUGCCAGAAAGUUUGAUCCCAGAGGUGCAGCAGCAGUUGGAGGUUGUUUGGGAUGCCCACAACUCCCCAGAGAAGAGAUGUGUGAACCGAUGCUUUGAGCGUGGCAAUUCCUCUGAUGAACUGAACAGCAAGUUUCGUUUGCAGCGCCUCCACUGCUCUUCAUCACCCAGCGAGGCUAACAUGCCAAGCCCCAUUGUCAUCCCGGCCCUCUCCCCUAAACAGUCUAUCUCUUCCCUGCAGCUCGGUUUCUCCUCAGCUGCUCCCUCUGGGACCAGCAUGACCUUGCCAAAGGUGAGGACACCACUCACACCCAGGGACAGCAUCCAGCUGACCAAAAAGCACUAUAGCCAGCCACAGCCGGGGGCUGACCACCUACAUCGUAUCAAUGUCAGCAUUGACAUUAGCUCCUUCAAGCCAAUUGCCCUUCCCCCACUGUGCACCCUAGACGUGGAGGAGACUGACAUCGACGAGGUUCCUGAUAAAAUGGACAUGGAUAAUUGUGAGGAGGGACUGAGGGAGGAAAGGAUCUCCUUCAUCCCACUCCCAGAGGAGCUGGAAUUCUUUGAUGCGGACGUCAAGCCGCCCACUCCUCCUCUGCACAGGUUCCCAUCUUGGGAAAGUCGGAUCUAUGCUGUUGCAAAGUCUGGGAUGAGGCUGUCUGAGGUGGCUUUCGGGACAGGAUCUCCCAGUAGAGUUUCCAAUUUGCCACUGUAUCCAGCCGCAGGCCCCUUCACCCACCUCAUUUACAAGAACAUCACCGUGCCUGUGUACACCACACUCAAAGGGAAGGCGACUCAGAUCAGCAACAUCCCCUUCCCAGACGAGUCCUCGGGAUCUGAGGAUGACACCAGCUCUCUGGCCAGCCUCCGUACCUCCAUCCUUGGACCCGAAACAAAGAAGAGCAGCACGCCGGGCAGCCCACGGGCCACCAAGAGAGGGGUGUCCAUGUCCUCGGUGAGCUCGGAGAGUGACUAUGCUAUCCCCCCAGAUGCAUAUUCUUUCGACAGCAAUUACUCUGAACCAGAACACAAACUGCUGCGGACUUCCACCUACUCCUGCGAGAGUAACACUGCCGAGCCCCUGGAGAAAUCUGGGUACUUGUUAAAAAUGGGUAGCCAGGUAAAAGCAUGGAAACGGCGCUGGUUCAUUCUGAGGAAUGGAGAAAUCUUGUACUACAAAUCCCCAAGUGAUGUCAUCCGCAAGCCCCAGGGGCAGAUUGAGCUCAGUUCAUCCUGUCGUAUCGCUCGUGGUGAAGGUGCACAAACCUUCCAGCUCAUUACAGAAAAGAAGACUUAUUACCUGACAGCUGACUCCCCCAACAUUCUGGAAGAGUGGAUCCGCGUUCUGCAAAACAUCCUCAAGGUGCAGGCCGCCAGCCUCGUUGUCACAGAGACCACCGCCAAGCCCACCAUCAGAGGCUGGCUCACCAAAGUCAAACACGGCCACUCCAAACUGGUUUGGUGUUCUUUAAUUGGGAACGUGUUCUACUAUUACCGCAACCAGGAUGACAAGUUCCCACUGGGUCAGCUGCGUGUGCACGAGGCGAGGGUGCAGGAGGUGGACCGCUCCUGUGACUCGGAUGAGGACUAUGAGGCGGGAGGGAGGGGCUUCCUGUCCUCCCACUGCACCCUGGUUGUCUACCCCAAGGAGCAAAGCCCCACCUACCUGCUUAUCGGGACCAAACAGGAGAAGGACACAUGGUUGUACCACCUGACUGUGGCAGCUGGCAGUAGUGGCGGAUCUAAAGUGGGCACAGAAUACGAGCAACUGAUUGACAAACUGUUGGACCAGGAAGGGGAUCCAGGUUCCCCCUUGUGGACUCAUCUCAUGCUAUGCUACAGUAAAGAUGGACUCCUCUCUCCCCUCACCACUCUGCCUUCACAGGCUCUGCAGACUGAGGCACUCAAGCUCUUCAAGUCGUGCCAGCUUUUCAUCAAUGUCCUGGUUGAGUCUUCAUCCAUCGACUACCACAUGUCUCUGGCCCAGAAUGCUUUGCAGGUGUGCCUAACCCACCCUGAGCUACAGAACGAGAUCUACUGUCAGCUGAUUAAACAAACCUGCUGCAGACAACCACACAACUACUCCCUCAUCCAGUGCUGGCAGCUGCUGUCCUUGUGUGUCACCCUCUUCCUGCCUCAGCAUCGCUUCCUCUGGUACUUGAAGGUGUACCUGCAGCGGCACGGAGACCCCAGAAAUGAAGUUGGCAAGUACAUCAUUUACUGUCAGAGAUCAGUGGAGCGCACGCUUCAGAAUGGAGACCGGGAGGCUAAACCAUCCCGCAUGGAGAUCAUGUCUAUCCUGCUGCGGAACCCCUACCACCACUCCCUGCCAUUCAGCAUCCCUGUGCACUUCAUGAACGGGACCUACCAGGUGGUAGGCUUUGAUGGCUCCACGACGGUGGAUGAAUUCUUAAACACACUGAACCAGGAAACCGGAAUGAGGAAGCCUGUGCUUUCAGGAUUUGCUCUUUUCACAGACGAUCCUUCGGGGAAGGAUUUGGAGCACUGCCUGCAGGCAAAUGUCAAGAUUUGUGACGUUAUUUCAAAAUGGGAACAGUCUUUAAAAGAACUACAUCCUGGGAAGUAUGAAGGGACCAGAAUUGUUCGCCUGACUUACAAGAGCAGGAUGUGCUUCAGAGCACAAGCAAAGAGGGAGACGGAGAGAGAGCGCCUCCUGCUGGCGUAUCAGAUCAAUGAUGAUGUGGUGCAUGGGAGGUUUCCCGUCAAUAAAGAGUUGGCAUUGGAAGUCGCAGCCCUGAUGGCACAGGUGGAGUACGGAGAUUUAGACCGGCCGAUUCCUUCCAGCCCCGGCGGGACGUCACAGGCCAAGAUGCAGCUGCUUCUCCUGCAGGCCCUGGAAAAGUUCUAUCCAAAACGCUACAAGCAAGACUCCACCCCUGAGCAACUCCGACGGCUUGCUGACAGGGUUGCGACUAAAUGGAUGGUAUUGCGUGGUUGCAGUGCAGCGGAGUGUGUGCGCAUUUAUUUGACAGUUGCACGCAAGUGGUCUUUAUUUGGAGCCAAACUCUUCACUGUGAAGCCAGUCCCCCCUUCCCCCCUGGAGCAGACUCUGACAUGGCUGGCUGUCGGAGAGGAUGGAGUCAGUGUGCUGGAAUACAACACAAUGCGCCUGGUGAUGACGUACCCUUAUCAGUCAGUGAUGACAUUUGGUGGUUGCUGUGAUGAUUUCAUGAUUGUGGUCAGCCAGCCUAAGGACACGAGCUCUGGAAAGCGAACUGUUGAAAAACUGGUCUUUGCUAUGGCGAAACCUAAGAUUCUUGAGAUAACUCUACUGAUCGCCAGCUACAUCAACUACUGGACCAACAACCUCCUCUUGUCUUGCCCACACUCUCCCAGCCCCGGCUCCCACCUCGGCACCAUGUCUGAGAAGAAGCUCUGGGACAUAGAUAGCAGGCACUUCCCAUCUAUGACCCGCACCACCAAGGGACCCACUCUGCUCUAAGAUGAAUGAGCAAGUGCUGUAGACUUGUGGCUGGAAAUGGCAAAGGUUGUUAAGGUAAAACUGUCAGAAAGUUCAUCUAAUGCCUUCAUCUGUGUCAAGUUUCAACUUCACUCAAUGGGAUCUUGAUGAAUCACCACUAAAUUAAACUUGAGAACCAAGGGAACUCAAAUGAUCAAUUUUACAAACUAAUUUCUCCUUCUGGAUUCUACUGUUUCACUGACAACCGUAAUCUUAGUACAGCUGAAGUAGCACAAUGAAAAUCUAACUGAUUGACAACAUUUGCUGUCAAAAAUGCAUAAGCCUUCAAUAGAGGCAACCGACACUAGAAAAUAAAUUGAAAUUACUAGCUAAAGGAUUAAGAGACAGGCAGCAAGCCCAUUCCCACCACUGAGUGGUAAAGGACAUUGAGUGGAGCAAAAAGGGGCAAACAUCUCUUUAAACCCUGAGUCAUACACAGUGAAUUGGUGUUUGUCGUAUUGAAGGGCGUCUGACGUGGAUUGUUUCCAUAAAUUCAGUUUAGUUGUAGUUUCUUGGGUAACCUUUGGAGUAUGCAGAUAGAUUACUAAUUGAGUCUUCACUGGUAUUGACUAUAGAGGGCACUCAUAUGCAAUUGUUUUUCAUGGUAGCAUGUCAAUGUCAUCAUAAACCCUUCAGAAUACUGUACAUUGACUUAGUUGCCCACUUGGGUAGCGUUUAACAGCAUCGGACCAAAUUAGACAAAUUAACCAUGCAUUGGUUAUGCCUUUUUUCUUUUCCUUUUUUUUUAAUUUAGCAUGUUCCUCUUUCCUUGCAAUCUUAUGUCACACUGAAUGGAUUCUGGUACCAGGAAUAUAAAUACUUGAACACAGUAAACGAGUAACAGAAUUAGUAAAGUAAAUUAGAUUAAUGGACCAUGCUUAAGUAGCAGUUAUCCUCAUCAGAACUGUUGAUUUGGAAGAUGAAGUUAAAACCUUAUGAAAGAUUCAUAAACGUGACCAUAAAUUUGUAUUUAGUUUGAAAAUCUGUGGUGUACCUGUCAUGUAAAGCCCUUUUCACUCUGGCACUCCUACCGGGGUCCUGGCUAACCACAAUCCCGCAUAGUGUGAAACCACAUACCUGGGUCGGGUUAACCAGGGUCCCAGUGACCCACCUCAGGUGACACGCUUUGACCCGGGUUGAGCAAGACAAAAUGCUUAAUGGUCGUUCGUGAGCCGACGCAGUUACGAACAGCCACGCCUGCAUGAAAGUUUCUCUUCCACAAGGAACGUUUCUGUUUAUUCUGUUUUUAGCCAUAUUUUUGUUGGUUAUGACACACUGAGCCAGAUUGCAGUAGGGAUGAAGAAACUUUUUCUCUAAUCAACGCUUGGGCAUGCACUCCAAUCCAGAGAAGCAUGAAUGGAAGUUUCUAUAACUAGCUGCUUCCUGGUUCUUCGAUAUGCACAUUUUAUAACACUUUUUUUUUUUUUUUGUAAUUGGUAAAUGUAAUUGGUGCAAUCAAAUGAAUUGGUCAAAAACACUGAUUUGCUGUGCAGCCCUUCAUACACGCUUCUCAGGGCCUUGUAUAUUGCACAACUAAUGCAGACCUAAUCUACAGCUCCGGGGGCCCAUUCAGAAACCACUGCCUCUAAUCCAUUGUCUUAGGGCUUAACACAACUGGCAGUACUGAGUUGUUGGUGAAACUUAAUAGUCUAAAUUCCAUAGUAUGUAAUUAGGUAUCAUUAAAAGUAAACCGUUGCUAUGGAAACCUGCUGUGCAGUGUGCCCACUUCAAGUGGUCCCAAAAAGGCCGGCUUCCUUGUGAUCUACUGAUUUGCUGAUGUUAGGGUUUCUAAGGUGGUGUUAUUACCAAGAAAGCUUACAAAUGUGCACUGCAACACAUGAAAGAGACAUGUCAUGCCGUCAACAUAGUAUUGUGAUGCUUAAAAUGUCAAUUUUGCUGCUUUCAGUAUCCUCUAGUCCCUUAUCAGAAUAUACUGCCAUAUCCUGUAAACCUAGUAGAAGCAGAGUUUUUGUGCCCUUUGGGUUUAAUUUGUGCCAUAAGGACAAAAAAUAUUUUAACCCUAAUGAAUUGAAGAACUGGAAAAUACUUUUAUUAAGUGUUAUUCACAGACUUGGCAUGCAAGAUGCAGUAUGUCCACAUGUGCCUCCUAUACAAAAAAAAAAAAAGUAUUUUGCAAGUAAUAAGUAAAUAAUUUCUUUUGGUGUGCAUGUAUCUCGUACCUUAUUGAUCAUCAUACAGUUAAUAUUGUGUUGUUCAACCAAGGGCUACCAUGUGUGCUUUCUAAAUACUAUUUGUGAAAAAUACUUGAAUCUUGUUUGAAUCAAACCACUGUCUUUUUUGUAAAAUGGCGAGGAACCUUAUUUAUGUAUGUUUUGAGGUGCGUUUUAAGAAAACCUAGAUCAUAGUUUAUAUUUUAGUUAAUUUAAUAAUUUUAAGGAAUUAAGUUUUUUGUUGACACUUCUGGAGGAACUGGAUUUUAUAUCAGUUUUAGAAUGUUAAUAAUAAAAAAAGACUGAAAAUGCUGUAUCUUGUUCGGUAAAAUAAUGUAUGAAAGUGUGGGAUUCAAUUGAUGUGGUUCAUGCAAAGUGAGAUAAUGUGAUUUUAAAUAAAUUAAAGUUCACAAUUUG